AUGUUUAUUACACUCCGGACUUCAGGAGCCCAAAAUGAGGCGGGAGGAGGGAUGGAGCAGGUCGUGCGACGCAACGCGGGCCCCAACGGUGUGAAAAAUCGAGUCCGCCCGACCCGACGCCCAGCCUGUGUCGCGUGUCAGACGAAAAAGUUACGGUGCACUGGCAGCCCCCGCAACUGUGAUCGGUGCAGAGCCAGAUUGGUCGAGUGCGUCUUUCCCGGGAAUAGCGGAGGCCAGGACGACCACCGCACACAUCCGUCACGGCCCACCAGUUCGUCCAGACUCGAGUGGCAGAAGCUUCCCGAAGUGUCUCCCCAGCAGGGCGAUCCCUCCCGCGAAUCCACCUCAUCGGGUGAUGGGGGGGACGGUACGACCCUAGAUCCCUCAUCUCGGCCGCAGCAGCCGCAGCAGCAUCAGCAGCAACAACAACAACAACAACAGCAGCAAUCACAGCAACAGCAGCAGCAGCAGCAGCAGCAGCAGGGGCAGCAGACGCAAGUGGGUGUCCCAAGUCCGACAAUCCCGGCCGGCGUUGAUACGCUGGAGGGAGACUUCUUCGACUACGUCAUUGACGGGCUGGACAUCGAUAUAGACGAUCUUGGCCAAGACGGUGCCCCUGUCGAAUCUCGACCGAGCGUGGUUUCCAUCCAUAGCGGAACCAGUGAAAGUUCGGGCUAUCAGCCGAACAAGUCCCCCCAACAGGGACCGUACGACGCCCUGGGCUCCUACUUAUCAAGCGCCCUGACCGCCCAAGCAAAGUGCACUGUCACACAAGCCCAGUCCCGAACGGCCCCCGAAACGACCGCCCAGGAACUACCCAGCAUGCUUGCCCUCGAUGCUGGCCCGCUAUCUCCGACCCAAUCCUGGGCCCUAUCGGGUGUGGCACCCCAGUCCAACCCGAAUCGGUCAGGUUCACCGCCGUGCUCCUGUUUGAGCGACCUCGUCCGCGUUGUGCAGCAGCUCGAUGACGACGAGUUCCAUAUCACGACCAUGUCCCUGGAUCAGGUUUUGCAGCUCCAGAAAUGGCUCGUCUUCCAGUGCUGCAAACCGCUCGACUGCCCAAAGUGCCUUGAUCUCUCCACCAUCCACACGGUCCGCCUCAUCCUCUGCGACCGCCUGACCGAGAUGUUUGAGUGCAUCCACAAGCGCGUCAAGAGCGCAAGCGCCAUCCUGACCGGCCAGAACAGCGAUUCCAGCAGCCACUCGGCAUCAUCACAAUCGCCCGAUUCCCACUCGUCACACCAUUCUCUCCAUUCCGCGCCGCCGCCCUCGGUUGCCGCGGUUGGUUCCGGGCCGUUGCCCGCCCAGCUCUUUUGCAGCUCCUCCGGUCGCGCAGCCAACGCGGCCGCCUGCAACCCCCUAAUGUUCUCGGACGAGUUCCGAAACCAGUAUUCCGACGAGGAACAGGUCCACAUGAUCCGCGUGCUCUUGCGGCUGCAGAUCCGAAAUUUCCAGAAACUGCUGUUGCGAGUCGAGCGCACCAGCCAGACCGUGGCAAACCAAGCCCGCGCGUCCAAGGUGAAGUCGAUGAUGGUGCGCCUUUCGAAGGCCGGGGGAGAUAUUGAGGGUGCUUUACGUGUUGUCUUUCAGGCUUUGUCGAUUGGGUGA